AUGAUGGCUGACCUUCUCGAAAAUGAGGAGGAACUAUUUCGACUAUUUUGGGGCUUUCCUAGAACCAAUGGCAACUCAGUGGCUGAGAAUCCAAAUCGCGUCAAAAAAAUAAUCGACGAUCUUACAAAUAUCAAUAUGGCGGACCAGGUUUCGGACGACGACAUCAGCUUCCUCGUUGCGAACGUUCGUAAUAUCGAGACUGUUCCUAGGCGUGGAAAAGGCGAUGGAAACUUCAUGUGUAAAAUCUGCCCACACUUGUUCGAUAAUUCUAUAAGCUACGGACUCAGCAGUAAAGAACGCCUCAAGCGACACUACCAACACCAUUUGCAGCACCACAUUUCUCGAUGGAAAUGUAGUCACUGCCCGCACACGCACUUUCAAAGACACACCAUGGAGCAACAUCUUCGAAGAAUCCAUCAAGGAGAAGGAUGGCUUAUCGAACUGCCAAGAUUUUGA